AUGACCGCGGCCCUGCUGCGAGAAUACUCGGGUCUUUCUCCACAAGGCAAGGUGGAAUUCGACUCGUGCCACCAGCACCGGUUCGAAAAUGACAGGCGAGACGAAGAAGGGCGCUUGAUGGUCAUCCUGAGAAGCAAUGGGUAUACGAUGGAAGACGCCACAGGCCGCAGUAAGGUGGCCCUGUACCCGAAGGCCUCCUUGAUCAACCACUCGUGCCAGCCAAACGUUUUGAACGGCGAUGCAUCAGGAACUCGAAAGAUCAUUGCCAUGCGGGACAUCUUCCCGGGAGAAGAGAUUUCGACCACAUACAUUCCCUUACUGAUGGACACUCCCAAUCGCCAAGCUCGACUCCGCCAGUACGGAUUCGCCUGCACCUGCGAUGCUUGCCGGGCAUCAGGAUUGUCCGACCACCUGCGGAUCCAAGCUGGGAACAACCUGUCGGAGCUACAACAGGCUCUGACAGCGCCGAUUAUGAUGAAGGAUUCUGGGCUCCUGCUCCACCGAGCCGAAGACCUUGAAUCCUUCUUUGCAGCACAGGGGUUUGGUGAUUAUCUCGUCAAGACGACCCGCUUAGCCCUUCAGUAUGCCAUCCGAGUGCGCAACAGCACGGCUGCUAGGACUUGGGCAAGAAAGCACCUCGAGAACCUCUCCAUCAUUGAUGCCGAGUCGACUGAGGCAGAGAGCACACGUGAGAUCGUAAUGAAUGGAAUCUGA